GCAGGGGAUUUUUAUUUACAUCGUUUCAACGCCAGUUUAGCUACAGUUUGUACCGAGUGCAUCAUAAUAACAAAAGAAUAAAAUAUUAUUUUGUUAAAAAUGUGAAUUUCUCAAAAUUAUUUUAAAUAAUCUUGGAAAUUUAAUUAUUUAUUGUCUAAAUCAUUGUUUAAUCUUCAUUAAGAUAUUUUAUUUUUAGAUAAGCCUAUGAGCAAUUUUUGAAAUUCAAUUGAGGAAAAGCGAAUUUGUCAAAAAGAAAUCAAACAAAAAGAAAAAUGGACAACAAAAAAAUAAUUAAAUCAAAAGUUGACGAUACAUACACACAACAAAGAAUACCGCUACUUGAUUUUGGCGAAGGUAUCAAUCUUCAAGAUCGAAGAGGUGAAACUCAACUUCACAAAGAAUUGAAAGCCGGCAUUUUUCGUAUUGGAAAAAAAACUAAAUACGCAUUUGAAACAACAAAAUUAUUAUUGGAACAUGGUGCGGAUAUGAAUAUUUGUGGCCGCGAGGGUACAACACCAUUACAAGAGGCAUUACUUUCAGGAAUUUCAGAAGCAGUUGAAACAUUUAUUCCUAAGGAGGAUCAACUUCUUAAUUGUAAAAAUUGUAAAAAUAUCAUAAGAUGUCGUUAUUUGAUAAAAUUUUUUCUCGAUCAAGAUAAACAUUUAAAUGUAAAUCAUUCAAAUUAUUCAACACUACUUCAUUUUGCAGCAUUAAAUGGCGAUAAUGAAAGUUUUAAUGAAAUUCUUCAAAAUUCCAAUGCAAAUUUAAAUGCAUUUAAUGCAAAAGGAAUGACAUUAUUGCAUAUUACAACAUUACAUGAAAUGAAUGAUAUGAUUGAAUUAUUAAUUAAACAUGGCGCUGAUUCUAAUUUACAAAUACAACUUGAUCAAGCGCAUCAAAAUUUAACUAAUCGAAUUGGUGGAUUUACAUCACUUCAUUUGGCAGUAUCGAAAGGUUAUUUAAAAAUUGUUGAAACAUUAGUGAAAAAUGGUGCAAAUGUUAAUGCCACAUCACCAUAUGGUAAUCCAAUUCAUAUUGCUUGUGAUACAUUUUAUUUUCCAUCAAUAAAUAAAUUGCAACGUGUGCGAAAUGCAAAAAUAGCUGAAAUUUUAAUUGAAAAUAAUGCUAAAAUUGAAGCGCAAGACGCUGCUAAAAAAACACCAUUACAACGUGCAUGUGAUAAUAAAUAUGAGGAAAUGGUUGAAGUUUUAUUAAAAGUUGGUGCAAGUUUUAAAAUGAAAUUUCAUCAACGAAGAAGUGCACUUCAUUAUAUUGUUGGUAUUAAUAAUACACGUAUAAUGAAAUUAUUUUUAGAUCAAGGUUUAGAUCCAAAUGUUAAAGAUUUUCGUGAAGAAACACCAUUAAUUUAUGGUUCAAAAUCAUCAGCUAAAGGAAUAUCAUUGGAUAUUAUUGAAUUAUUAAUUGAAUAUGGAGCCGAUAUUGAUGCAGGUGAUAUUAAUGGUGUAACGGCACUUCAUAUUGCCGCUGGUUUUUAUAAUCUUAAAGUUGUUAAAUAUUUAUUGAAAUUAGGAGCAAAUGUUAAUAUUCGUACAAAAAAUGAUUUAACACCAUUGGAUCGUAUUUUAAUAAAAUUUCGUGGUUGUAAAAUAACAAGAAAAAAUACUGCAUUCAAAACAUUAGAAUGUUUAUGCGCUUAUACGGCAUUAAGUAUUCAUAUGGGUGAAAAAAAUUUAAAUUUCAAUAUGAUUAAAGGACAAAUGGCUGUUGAUGAAUUUUAUCAACAAUGUGAACAACAAAUUGAUUUAAUGAAAAAAGAACAAAUUUGUAGUAAUAGUACAAUUUCAUAUUUUGAUUUAUUAAAUGUAAAUGUGGAAAAAUUAAUAUUAUUUUUACGUAAUAAUGAUUUAAUGGAUGCAUUAAUAGCAAAAAAAUAUUGGGAUAUUCCAAUUUAUGGUGAUUUAUUGAAAGAUCGUGUUAAAAAAGGAAAAUUAAGAAAGGAUUUAAUUGAAAGUAAUACAUUAAUUUUGAAACAAAUAACAAAACGACAAUUACCCUAUUUUGUCAAUGAUAUGAUUUUUAAUUGUUUAUCAUUAAAAGAUUUGCGUAAUUUUAAUCAAGCAUUUCGUACAAAAUAAUUGGAAAAUAAAAGAGAAUUUCACGAAUUUGAAUUAAAAGAGAAAAAUAUUUGUAUUUUG